CACAAUACAUAAGGUUACUUAGAGCACCAUUAACGGGGGCUUUUAAGAGGGUUUCUAAAAAUAUUGAAGCAUUUAAUUAAAUCAAAACUCAAAAAAAUUGUUGUUAUCGAUCCUUAAUAUAGGAUUUCUGUAACCGAUUACAAAGGGGGUUUUCAACCCACGUGUCAGCAAACUAAAUAAUGAGGCAUUUUUUUUUCUUCUUUCUCGUCUUCUCUUUCUGCAAACGACAAUGGCUUCUCGAUCUCUCUCCUUCUUCAAGUUUCAGAGGUUCUCUGUGGAGAUCAAUGGCCACUUUUACUCGAAAUUGAGUUUCUUUCUAUUUUUUUUUCAUUUCAUUGAUUUGAAAUUGGUUAAAGAGAUAUGGAUCAUGACUUUUCUCUGUUUUUCUUUUUGUAAUAGUUGUGUUAUUUGUUGCAGUAAACCACAAUUGGGCAUGUAGAUCACGGGAAGACUGCUUUGACUGCUGCAAUCACAAAGGUUCUUGCUGAAGAGAGAAAAGCUAAAGCUAUUGCCUUUGAUGAAAUUGAUAAAGCUCCCGAAGAGAAGAAGAGAGGAAAUACUAUUGCUACAUGGGAGCAUUGAGAGAUUCAUCACAGAGUGGAGCAUUGGGAGCAUCUCGUGGUAGUGGGCAUACCACUCCCGCUUUGUUCUAUCUUGCUUUGGGAGGGUCCUUGUUAUCUUAUAUAUACUCUGCUCCACCUCUUAAGUUGGGAAUAGCGAUUGUUUAUAACUUCAAAAGUGUUGAAGGAGACAGAGCAAUGGGCCUUCAGUCUCUCCUAGUAGCUUUUGGCACUGAGGCUGCAAAAUGGAUAUGCGUUAGUGCUAUAGACGUUACUCAGAUCUCUGUUGCCGGUAUGUAGUAUGACUUCUAUUUCUUGUGCUUGAUCUUAUGAACUAGAGGAUCAUUAGUGAAUGUCUAUUCUGGUUGUAGUGUAUCUUGUAGUGAAAGUAUUGUUUUUAAAACUCUUCUCCAAACAAGUGUAAAACAAAUUCUCUCCUUCUCUAUAUAAAAUCAUCUACAUUCCUUCUUUA